GUUGGUCUACUCGUUAUUUCUAUGGCUCUGCUUUAGGGUACGCGAAAACACCAAGCGAGGGGAAAUACCCCAUAAUUUGCGAAUCAAAUUUCCAACAUUAGGCCUCUUUACCGAGUCGAACUCGAGUCUAGACUAGAUAUUUGACAAACAAAAAUGAAAUUGUGUGGGCAAUUUGUAACUUAUACCCUGUUUACAAUCUUGGAGCAAGUUUAUGGAAGAAAUGGUCGCGAGUAUGAUUCAUCCAAGGCAAGUGCAAGGAAUCGUGACACCCUUGGAUUAAGACCAAGAGAUUUAAUUCAUAAAACGCUUCGUUUCGAGACACCUCGUGCACCUCAUGAAAAAUUAGUGUUGGAACAGUUGGUGAAGAUAUACAAGCGUGACAUUAAGCCAAUGGAGGAUGCAUACAACUAUAACUAUUUGCCAAUUCGUACAGAUGUAACAGUCGGACAAAUUCAAUCGAAACCAAUUAUUUUGUUCUUGGGUCCAUGGAGUACAGGAAAAACUUCAAUGAUCAAUUAUUUUCUUGACACUGAUAUUCUCCGGGUCGGUGCUGAGCCCACCACAUCAGAGUUUACUGUAGUGGGUUAUGAGACAAGCAUAAAAAACACAGAAGGUGCUGUACUUGUGUCAGAUAAGAUGAAAGAAUUUUCGCCACUGGAAAAAUAUGGGCAAGGGUUCAUAGAAAAGUUUGGCGGUAUCGGACUACCUCAUCCUUUACUAAAGAAAGUGACCUUUGUUGACACACCAGGUAUCAUAGAAAAUCGCAAGCAGCAAGAAAGAGGUUAUCCAUUCAAUAAAGUCAUGCAAUGGUUUAUUGAUCACGCCGCACUUAUUUUUGUUGUGUUUGAUCCAACGAAGUUAGAUGUUGGAUCUGAACUUGAAACUUUGUUUCAACAGUUAAAAGGAAAAGAAUCUCAAAUAAGGAUAAUACUAAACAAAGCAGACAGCAUCGCAUCACAGGAGUUAAUGCGAGUGUACGGAGCAUUGUUUUGGAGCUUGGCCCCGCUAAUUAAUGUAACAGAACCACCACGUGUUUACACUGGAUCCUACUGGCCUUAUGAAUACAAACUCAACACAAACAGCGAUCUAUUUAAACAAGAGGAAGUAUCUGUACUGCAGGAUCUAAAUGACAUCAUUGAAAAUCGCCUGGAGAAUAAAAUCGCAUUGAUUCGACAGCACGCAGUGCGUGUGCGAAUUCAUGCACUUUUAGUUGAUGAAUACCUUGCUAAGUUCAAAACUGAAAGAAGCUUUUUAAGCAACCAAGAGCAAGUAAAAUAUGAAAUUCUUAACAAUCCAAAGAGAUUCGACAUUUAUAAAGCAGUAACUUCUAAGCACAACAUCAGUCCGUUUGAUUUACCCGACCCUGAGAUUUACAAGGAUUUUUUCACACACAACCCACUAACUGAAUUCAUGUCUUUGGAACAGCAUUGUGGGUAUUUCUCAGGUUGCCCAAUGGAUGACCUUGAAACUGCCAUCACAACAAGUUUACCUGGUCUACUACCAUCUGUCAACCAACUAAGUAAAACUGAACUGUAAGACUUUUAUUCUUCUGUUAACUUAGCUUGACUGUUCACUGUAUUUGCAUUAUUUCUCCAAGUUCCUGUGUGCUCAAAGCACUUUGUAACCAAAUGUUUUAACAAAUUACAUACAUUUAUGUUUUUAAUUGCUUUGGAGAGUUUCUUUAAUUCAACUAAUAAAAGG